AACACUGACAAUGGCGGCCGUCAGAGCCCAGACCAAAUUUUUAUCCACAAAUGUCUUAAUUAAGCCGUUUUUCAGCCGUUUUUGUGCCUCGGGGUCAGGUCAGGAGGCAGGUGAAGGUGCCAGCCAGGUCAAGAAGGUCAACCAAGAGUCAGGUCAAGACGGAAGUCAAAUAAAGAAGGUCGAGCCGGGUGGGUUUGCCAAGUCCUUCAUCAAGUACACUCAGAGCUCUAGUUCCAAGGUGUCGGAGGAGGCUCCUAAGCCUACGAGGACAUUUUCUUCACUACUCAGGAACUCUAAACUGAUCCAGUUGGGUGAUCCUGAAGGCAAGGUAGUGGAGGGCACCGUCUUCCACGUUGUUGAGAACGAUCUGUACAUCGACUUUGGGAGCAAAUUUUAUUGUGUCUGUCAUAGACCUCAGAGGAACGCUCAGAGUUAUGUGAGAGGUGCUCGGGUCCGGCUACGUCUCCAUGAACUGGAGCUCUCCACCCGUUUCCUGGGGUCGUCUACAGACAUGACGUUACUCGAGGCAGAUGCAACACUCCUGGGUUUGAUUCAUCCACCAAAGAAAACCGAAUCAGCCAAGCAGUUUGGUUCCGAGCAGUCGUUCGUAAACCCAUUUGUUCAUCAGUCCAACAUAUGUACGUAUACAGUAUUGUACAGUAGUGUAGUGUAUGUACAUGUAUGUAUGAAUAGUGAGUAAACUAGAAGUAUACAUAGUUUAAACAUAUACAUGAACACAGGAAAAAUAAAAAUACAAAAAUAUAUUAUCAUGUCUAUUCUUGUUUCAAAUUCAGAUUCAAAUUCCUUUAUUUCCUUGCAGGUUUACAAUGUGGUUGACAUAUUUUAGGAACUAUAUUUACAUAGGUAGUUUACAUUGAGGGUUUACAAUGAUUUGUAGUGCAAAGAGAACCAGUAUCUUGCCUUGGUAUUUCUCUUGUGAUGGCCUGGUGCUUCUUAGCACCACCACCUGUAUCACCACUGCCUUUGUGCUUAACACCAGACAUAUUGGGGAUAUAAUCAUCACAAAUAAUACUGAAUUUGUGGAGAGAGCGCAGGCAUACAUAUGAACGAUGCUGCUAGAGUAACCUACUGUGUACUGUUUACAUCUCGGUGCUUCCCACAAAUUGUUCGCAUUAUCAAGAGUUCGCAACACGAAUGUUUGUAUGUAGGGGAGUCUCUGUACAAGCCUAACCUAAAAUAGCUAUAAGUUUAGAGGAAGCACCAAAACACCUACUUAAAGAACUUCACUAGACAAUUUAGCAGAGUCAAGCGAGGCUCGGUUGCACAGUGACGAUUUUUUGGACUAUUUCCUGCUUACCUCUAAAAUUAAAAUGUUUUGACUAAAAUCCAUCAUAAUAGAGGCAAAAUUCCUAAUCUAUUAGAUUUUAUUACACUCUUCAUAUAUAUUUUUUUUAAAUAUGUGAAAUAUUAAGAAAAUUUGUGCUCGAGGUGCAGAGGUUAUGCAACGUGAGUGCAACAUUGCUGGUUCUUUAUCUUUCUUAACUCUUAAAUUGUCCAAAUGUACAUCUGUGAUCGCGUGUGUAGCGCUCCGAAUGUAGAUCCACGUUCGAUUUUACAUUCUUAUGUAAAAAAAAAACGUAGAUCUACGUUCGGAGCGCUACGCGCACAAAUGUAGAUCUAUGUUUGGACAGUUAAGGGUUAAAUAAUGGCUUUCUGUAAAUGUGAGUCACCUCCCUUAUAAAGCCCCUCUAUAUACAGUAAUGAAUUUUUUUGUAAAUGCAAUUAAAAAUACAAUCAGAAUUUAAUUGCAUGUUAAAAGGCCUUCAUAGUAUGUACUAUAUUCUAUUCAUUUUUGGAACCAUUUCUUCCAAUUAUAUUUACACAAAAUAUUACUGUAUAGAAUGGUUUUACGAGAGUUUGCUGUAUGUAAAAAGUCUCAGAUAUAAAAUAUAGUGUAUUAUAAUGUAGAUUUUUUUUAUUGAUGUUAAUAAUAAAAGAAAAUUUUGAU